CAUGUUUACACACAGUUUCUCCAGUCCUACCUAACGGCAUACAUGUAAUCUAUCCAAGUCAAAGCAUGUCACAUUUUUUGUGCCACUCAAAAUUCGCCUUUGAUCUUAUCUUCCCCCCCUCAUAACCGCCCAUUUACGAAUUCGCAUCGACAGAGUCGAGUAACCACCAGACUAUGAGCUCAGAGAACAAGACCGAGGGCGUCAUCCAGGCUGGCAACCUGCACCGCAAGCGCGCGGGUCUGUUCGCCAAGCUCACGGGCGGCAAGCAGCUCGUGUACGUUAAGGCCAACGACAAGCAGAAGAACGUGACAGUCUUCGAGUCGGAGACCAACAAGGCUACACCUCUGGCCACUGUGGACGUUUCUUCGGAUGCCACCGUCGAGUUUGACGCGUCCAUGACGCACGGUAUUAAGCUGGCAAACCCAAAAAUCACCGAGAUCUUCUCCGCCGAGAGCAAGGAGAAGCAGGAGGAGUGGCUCAACUCGUUCAUUAACGCCGGGGCGCAGUACCGCGAGGUGUUCAACGUGGAAGACACGGCCAAGAUCAAGUCGUUCUACGAGCUGAAAGACUUCGAUAUGGCCGGCAACGAGGUGUCUAUGAGCAAAUACAAGGGCAAGGUGGUGCUGGCCGUGAACGUGUCCAGUAAGUGCGGCCUGACGCCGACCAACUACCCGGAACUGCAGACGCUGUACGAGAAGUACAAGGACGAAGGGCUGGAGGUGCUGGCGUUCCCGUGCAACCAGUUCGCUGGCCAGGAGCCUGGCACCCACGAGGAGAUCAUGGAGUUCGUGAAGCAAUACAACGUGGCGUUCCCGUUCUUCGAGAAGCACGAUGUAAACGGUGCGACGGCGCGUCCGGUGUUCACGUACUUGAAGACGAAGCUGCCUGGUUCGUUCGGUGACUUUGUGAAGUGGAACUUCACGAAGUUCCUGGUGGACCGCAACGGCCAGCCGUACAAGCGUUUUGCUCCGAAGGACCGUCCGCUGUCGUUCGAGGAGGACAUUAAGACGCUGUUGGCGCAGAAGCCGACGGAGGAGUGAAAGAUUUGCUGGCAGCAUGGUGCUAAGUCUCACCUUUAGCCAACUACAAUAUGAACACGUUGAUUACUGACUAUGAAAUUUGCUUGCUGUGUCUGUUGCACUUUUUGGAUCAAUUCACAAAUUACAAA